CUGCGAGUACAUCUCUUUCUAUUUCUCUCUCUCUUUUUCCAUUCUUGUUCUUUGUAGUCCUUUUCUAAUUUCUUUCUCUGAUUAGAAGAUGAUGAACAAUAACAGAACAAACUCUCUAGAUUCAUACAUCCAUCAACCACCUUUCAUGCCAUUCUCUAGUCCUGAAACAAGCUCUCAAAAACAUCAUCACAUGUGGAACUUAGAACCACAAAGCUCACAAACACUUAACACCACUCAUCACCAAAACCAACACUUAUACUUCAAUAAUUCUCAGUUGUUAGAUUGCACUCCUCCUCUUCUCCCUAUGGCUAAUACUGUUCCAUUUUAUACUCCUCCUAUGCCAAGUUACCGAGAGGAUCAUGAGGUCGUAGGUGUCGGAAGCCAAAUAGGCCUUAAUUUAGGCCACCGGACUUAUUUCUCGUCCGGAGAUGCACUGGCUUUAGGGAGGCUUUGGGGAAGAUCAAGGGCCGGGUAUGCCUUCGGACACCACCCGCCGCCGAGAUGCCAAGCUGAUGGUUGUGGUGCUGAUCUUUCAGGUGCUAAACAUUAUCAUAGGAGGCAUAAGGUUUGUGAGUUUCAUUCUAAGGCAGCUGUUGUUAUCUUUGCUGGUGGUGUGCAACAAAGGUUUUGUCAACAGUGCAGCAGGUUCCAUGAGCUCUCAGAGUUUGAUGAAACCAAGAGAAGCUGCAGGAAAAGACUAGCAGACCACAACAGGAGAAGAAGAAAGCCCAAGCCUCAAACAACCAACACAUCAAGCUCCUCAAGCCUCAAUGACAAUCUCCAAGACAAGAGCAAACCAUCUUCAAAACCAACAAGAGAUUCUUCAUCAACCAGCAAAUCCAGCAGCAAAACAAGCUUGGAUUUUGAGGCACAACAAAGCUACCAUUUGAGCAAUAACAGCCCAGCACUGUCUCUUGGGGGAGUUGGGAGAGUGAAUCAGUUCAACCAUGGCUCCAUGCUUUCCAUUUCUGAUGAGAAGGAAAGCCACUUCUCCAAUGGCUUUUUUCCCAAUCAGAGCAUCAGUGAAGCUUCCACCAUUAACCACCUUCAUCUUGGCCAAACCAUGUUCAAUAUGGACUUCAUUUAAUUCCACAAGUUUGUUUCUCUGUUUGUUUGUCAGAAAUAACAAGAACAUGCAUGCACAGCCAAUGCUUAAUGUCAACUCAAGUUCAUUCUCUUCUUCAUCUGUCAAUGAAUCUUCGACUCCGACUUUGAAGCCCGGAAAACAGGCUCUUGUGUCUCUGCUCUCCUUGUUUAGCAGAUCCUUCAUUAGCG